ACCGCUGUGUGUACUAUUUUUGCAUUAUUUCUGUUUACUCGUUUGUGUUCAGACCUAACUUUGAUAUAUCUUGUUCGAUGCUAGUGUACUUAACCAUACUUGUGGCACUGUCUGUGUCUACCCGUUCAAGAGCUCAGGAUAUUGAUGUCUCCGGGCAAAAGUCUACUACCGAUAAGAACGACGACUAUGCUUUCCCCUCGUCACGGAUUUCGGAUUUGUAUUACAAGGCAUUUGCCAACUUCACCGUGCAAUCCACCAACAGCUCAGCUUGUCGCGUCCAGACAGAUCUAUAUGUCAGACACCUAAGAAACAACACUUAUUGGGCCGUCCGAAUGGCCGAGUCUUGGAAUCGAUACCCAAGUGGUCUGCUGGCCGGAGAAAUUUAUCAAUUGGGCAUUUACGACGAAUGCAUUGAUGUCGCUACACCGGUUCAAGGCCAAUAUUGCUUAGCUGAUAUAAGAUUAUACACAGCAACAAAAAAAGAUUACACACUGACAAGACCAGAUUAUCCGGAAAAUAUGGAUAACGCUUGGCAUCAAAUACUAGGGUGGGUUGAUUAUUCGGAUCAAGUGCAACGAAAUCUUUUGAAAAUUGGCAUCUGCAUACCUGCUUCUUGUUCAGCUCUUGAUCUGCAAAAUUCUUUACAAACGGAAUUGAACAAAGUAUUUAAUCCAGAGCAAGUGAAUCCUAUCGUUCGAGUCGAUCCAAUCAUGUGUACCACCAGCAAUGAUUCAUAUCCUUACACUAGAGGAUAUUAUAUAACUUGGGCUGUGAUUGCUAUCCUCUUAUUUAUUUGCUGCGUUGCAACGUUCUAUCAUUUGGUGAUCUUGUUUAAAACACAAAGCAGUAAAGAAUCUCAAAAAGUUAAUGAACCCCUAGUUCCAAUAAUCUUAUCACAGACAGAACGUGUUGGUAAUCAUAGUAAAGUUAUACCAGAUGGAGAGUAUAAAAUUUACGAGUCGUUCUCCAUUAUUAAAAACGCCAAAGACAUAUUGAAGUACGACAAAAAUAACGAAUUGAACAUUUUUAAUGGAUUUAAAGUGGUGGUGAUGAUAUUCGUACUAUUUGGACACCGGUUUAUGUAUUUUGUAGGAAACCCUGUCAGCUAUCCCGAGCCAAUGGAACGACUUUAUGUCGACGGUCCCUCUAUUGUGUUGACUAGCAUGAACUUAGUCGAUCCAUUUUUCUAUAUGACCGGGUUUUUAACGUACGUACUACUUAAGUCAACAUUUCAAAAACCAGGACCGUGGUGGCUGAAGUUAACUUUGCCGUUAGCGUACCGAUUUGCCAAACUGGUACCUUCGUAUGGUUUGAUGAUGGCAUUUACUGGUCACGUGUUACCUCAUCUGGGCAACGGUCCCUUUUGGCCUUCAAAAACGUGGGAUGAAGUACACAAUUGUCAAAAUUACUGGUGGACAAACUUGGUGUUCAUUAACAAUUACAUUGACGUCAAAAAUCAAUGUCUCAUCAUAAGCUGGUACGUUUCGUGCGACUUCCAGUUCUUUGUCGUUGGCGUUAUAGUCAUAUUGAUCUAUAUGAAGAGACCCAAAUUAGGCGUUGUAUUGCUCACGGUUCUUUUGAUUUUAUCAUUAUUCGUACCAUUUUACAUGACCAUAGUCAAUGAAUUCGACGGCCUGUAUAAAGUACUCAUACCAUUUCUCGAGAAUCCCAGAAGUUAUAGGACAUUUGACGAAGCCUACAGGGCCAGCUACUUGAGAGCCGUACCCUAUUUAGUCGGUUUGACCGUUUCUUUUCUCGUGGAGAAGUUGAGGGCAAAAAAAAUCAAAUUACCUGUGGCCGUAGUUUAUAUUGGAACAUUUGUUGUCACGGCGUUCAGCUUGUGGGUACAAUUCUCCGGAGCUAUUUUCUACCAACGGCAUAGGCCGUACAAUGCUGUGGAACACGCUUUGUACGCGUCAUUCAACCAUUGUUCUUGGACUCUGAUCGCAGUCUGGGUAUCCAUUUGCUAUUAUACCACCGGUUACGGUCCUCUGACGAAGGUGUUGAGCAACCGUUUCAUGGUGAUAUUGGGCAAACUUUCAUACCAUGUAUUCAUGGUCAACCUCGCGGUCAUGAUGAUAUCGUCUGCCUCGCAGAGAUUACCCGUCCACGGGUCGGCUAAAUCAUUAUUUGAUGCUUGGAUAUAUGAUACUUUUAAAACGUAUCUAAUGGCUGCUGCGUUGUAUUUGAUCGUGGAUGCGCCUUUUUCAGAUCUAAUUAGACUUGCGUUUGGCAGAAGGAACAAUAACCAUUCAAAUAACAAAAACCAACAAAACGAACCAAACAUGGUGUCUGCAAAUAACGAACCAGACGAGUCUAUAGAGGUACAAGGCGAAAAGCUACAAGGCAUGACAGUUUUGUGUUAAAGUUUACUAUGCUGUUUGUACCGACACUAAGUGAAAUAUAUUAUUUUUUUGUCUUUAGCUAAGUAUAAAAAAAGUAUGAUUGUUAAUAGCAUAGAGCACCGUCUACUCUACUGGUACUUUUAUUUAUUUAAAAAAUAAUAGAAAUUAAGUAUAAUGUACAUUUGUUAUCAAUAAUA